AUGGCACCGAGACAAACUCCAACAAGCAACCGCAAAAGGAAACGUAAGGUCGUUGACAGACAUCCUCAGCAUACUGUCACCACCCCUACAACAUCGGAUGCACCGGUGACUGCGUUCGAUGAUUCACCAGAAAGUCAUCACACAAUACCCGAGGAUUCUCCCGGCUUGAAUUUGUUCACCCCUAGCUCCACGACACCUAUAUCUUUAUCAACAAGCUCAGACUCUUUGGCAAGGCACCUCCAAGCGUCAAGACUUCACCAUUUACUCUGGAAUGUAUUCACCACGGUCUUAGAGCCUCGAAUUGGACUGUGGAUUGGAGGGCGUGCGUGUCCUUUUACUGCCCCAAACCAGUCAUCUUCCGCUCUGAGCUGCCGACAAAAUCAGUGUCUCAGUCUGGCGACGAGCGACACAAGCGAACGCGACGUUGAUUGCAUCAUCAAUCGGGCUUUGAUAUACGCUGUUUACGCCUACUGUGUUCGAUGGCUUGACCUCGACGAGCACCAGUCUGGACAAAGCAUCGAAAAUCAAGACAGGCUCGCUCGUUUGAAACAGCAACUGAGCGAAACGUUCUCGGCGCAGGCACGGAAAGAGAUAUAUGGCGUCUUAUCAAGACCCUCGUACCGCUCAAUCCUGGCAUUGUAUCUUUUUGCAAUGAUCCCAAGCUCUCCUAGGAAAACAGACGAUGACCUGGAAGACCAUUGCAUCGAAGCAUGUUUGAGCCAUCAUAAUUUUCUCAAUUCGAGGAGAGCUAGAAUACCCUUUGGUCAUAGAGAUCCGAUCACGAGCCUACUGGAAAGCUCCCACUAUUGCAGCAACGACCGCUACUUCACACAAGGCAGUAUUCAGCAAGACCUAGAUGAAGCACAACGCUUAUCAAUGUCUAACCUCGCGUACUGGUUUGGUGUCAUCUCAGACACUACGAGGGCCCUCACAAAAUGUCGGCCAUCCAUAUUGCUCCCUCCAGGGUGCGACAGCGAGUCUAGAGUCUGGGGACCAGUGAGAGAUCGUACGAGAUUGUUCAAAACAAAAUUCGAAUCUCUUCGUGAUCUUCAGACACCAAUAUCUGACGCCCAAUUGAUAGAAAUCUUGCAACACGCUUUUGCAUACAAAACUCUUGUCUGGGCAGCAAUUACUCGUGUCCAGGACGCGCUCGUUCACCAAAUGUCGGGGAUAUCACUAGCAGAGGCAGUUGACGCAGCACGCAAGGAAAGCAAUUCGUAUCAAGAGAUCUUUGUCCCUCUUCUAUGCCUAGGCCUGAGGGACUACAUGUUUCUCAACCGUCUCACCCAGAUGUAUUUCACCCACUUAAUCAUUCACUUUGAAGUUGGAAACCUCAUCCUUACGGAUGCACUUCCGCCGACUUUUUCUUUCAUUGACCAUAACUUCAGCCCUUACGAUCUUCGCCUUUGUGCAUGCCGGAGCAUCAUAAAUGCUCUUAUCCAAGCCCUAAGAACAGAUGAUCCCAAGAGCAAGAAUCCGCGUGGUUUCAACAUUCUCUUAUUGGACCCAUAUCCAGAUUUGAUCACGAAUGCCAUCAUUCGCACCGGCUCUGCGCUCAUUGUGCUAUAUGAAAUGCAGAAGCUGUGCGAGGACAAUUUGAGCACGAUGUUCUCUGUGGUAAUCGUUGCUCUCGAGACCCUAGCAAAGAUCUCCCAUACAGCGUCAGAAGCCAUCCCACUCCUCAGGCAGAAAUACUCCCGCACUUCAAUUGGCCAAUCUAAAAGUACCAUAGAUCCCUCACAUCAUCUUAAUGCCUUCUCACUAGCAUCAAUCGACUCUGGGCUCGUUGAUGGAGACUCACUGCAACAAAAUGCUGACGAUACUCCCGGAGCAGCUAUUGUUAAUUCAUACAGUGAUGCCCCAGGCAGGUCGUCUUUCCCCGACGAGCUUACACCACGCGAACUAGACUCCCUUUCCCAAGACGUUGAUCUUGAAGGUAGAGUUUCGCGGAAUUACUUCGUGUCAUGA